AUGGGUUCCCCUGGUUCGAAGGAGUGGCUAGAGCUGAGCUUGGGAUUGAGAGGCACAAAGAAGAAGCAAGAAGAAGCAAAGAAAGAAGAAGAUGAAAUGAAUUUGGGUGAGGAAGGUGAGGGUAGUAGUUUGAGUUUAAGGCUACAAAUUGGGCCCAAAUGUUUUGAUACCAACAUGGGAAUAAUGGGUUUUAUGAGUACUCAAAACAACCAAAAAUGGGCGUUUCAUAGCCAUUCACUCACCAAUUUUCCCCAUUUUCAUGGCCUUUCUUCACCACCUCCUCCUAACCCUGCUGGCUUGUGGUUCUCCCUACGAUCUUCGCCGAAUAGGAAAGGUGGAGCACCACUGCCUCAGAUACCCAAAGCCUACAUUAGAGUCAAGGAUGAGAAGAUGACAGUGCUAAUGGUGAAGAAGUACCUGCUCACAAAGUUGGGGCUCUCCCAUCAAGCUGAGGUUGAGUUAUGGUGCAUGGGAGAGAGGCUUUUGCAGACCCAAUCACUGAAGCAAGUGAGAGAUGGAGUGUGGCUUCCUAAGUUGGUGGAAUUUGUGAACUCAAACUCAUCCUUAUCAACUUCUACCAUGUUUCAAACUACUUAUCUAAUGUGCUUGCAUUAUGGAACAACAUGUCUCUUCUAA